AUGCCUUCGUGCGAUCGUUGCGAGAAAAUAUUUACCACCGGCCAGACAAUCCCUGUCCACAAGAUCAUUGUCUUUUCGCAAUCCAGUGUCAUUGAACAACCGUAUUAUGAGGAAUGGGGGCAUGGAAAAUACGCAAUAUGUGGUUAUGAUUUCGACGACGUCCAACGGUUGGUCGAUUAUCUAUAUACUGGCGACUAUAAAACAACACCUUCGGACUCGUCCGAGGAGCAGGACAAGGCUUCUGAAUUGAUCGCUCACGGGAACUUGCUGGGGCUGGCAGAAGAAUACGGCAUCCCUGGGCUUCUACAACUGUCAAUGAAAAAAGGCAAGGCAGCCAUUCGGGAUGAGCCAGAGACACGCGCCUUGACCGAAUGCAUACCCAAGGUUUAUGAAUCGGUAAUUAACCCAGACAGCAUGAUUUUCAAUCUCAUGAUUGAGUCCAUCAGAGAGAGAAUUGGGCGGACUCCGCUUGACCUUAACACCCGUUACAUUCUGAACUCUGCAAUGCAAGAAGUUCCUGACUUUGCGAGAGGCCUUGCCAUGUCAUUUGCGACACAGCAGCCUCAAAAUGAAGGUGGCGAUUCGGAUCUCUAA